AUGACCGACGCCGACAAGAAGCCAGACCCAGAAGUCCCCGCGGCCACAGAGCCCGCCGUGCUCGAGACGCCCCCGACAAACAUCGAGCCAUCAACAAACACCGAAGCUGAGUCUUCCACUGCGCCGGCGCCAGAGAAGACGCGAGAAGCCACCCUCGAGCAGGCGCGCAUCUUUCUCAAAGACACCGAGACCCAAAAGGCGACCGCAGCACAAAAAACAGAGUUUCUCAAGAGCAAAGGGCUGUCGGAUAGUGAUAUUCAAGACCUCCUAAAGGAAGUUACCCAAGAUGCGCCAGUACGUUUUUCUCUGCCAUAUUGCUUACCAGCAUAUAUCACACUAACCUUUUCAUCUCCCCCAGCACCUCGACCAACAACCACCCCUAACCACCACCACCUCCGUCCUCCCAAAAGAAGACCGCCCCCCCAUCGUCACCUACCCCGAAAUCCUCACCACCCCCUCCCGCCAGAUAACACCUAA